CGGGCGAGGGGCGGCUUGGGGGCACGGCUGCCGCCCGGCCCCGCGGGUCAGCGCCCUGCGGCUCUGGCUCUGGAGGUCGAGUGUGUGGCUCGUAAGGUCGUUUUCCUUGCCCAUCCUCUGUCCCUUCCAGAUCAGAAGAGCUGUUUGCACUUCACAGAUUUGUAACCCAUACUCUGGAGCUUAUGUGAGUGGAACAGCUUUAGAAACAGGAGCCAGGAUGUUAAGAAUUACAAGGAAAUUUUCAGUGAACACAUUGAAGUCAUCAAGUUUAUGCAGUGAGCACACAUAUUUCAGGAACACAAAAAUGGGAGUCAUAAGUAUGGUACAGCAAAACUGCUGUCUAAGAAGCUACAGUUCUCCACCAGGAGAUGUUAAGUCCCUGCGUUCUGUUAUUAAUCCUCAUAUAUCCAGAAUCCGAAACAUUGGCAUUAUGGCCCACAUUGAUGCAGGGAAGACUACCACAACAGAGAGAAUGCUGUAUUAUUCUGGAUACAUAAGAACCCUUGGAGAUGUUGAUGAUGGGGAUACAGUGACAGAUUUUAUGGUACAGGAGCGAGAACGUGGUAUUACCAUUCAGUCUGCUGCUGUUACGUUCGACUGGAAGGACUACAGAAUCAACUUGAUUGACACCCCAGGUCAUGUGGACUUUACAGUGGAAGUUGAACGUUGUUUAAGAGUGCUGGAUGGAGCAGUAGCGGUAUUUGAUGCUUCAGCUGGUGUUGAGGCCCAAACUCUGACAGUGUGGAGACAAGCAGAUAAACAUCAGAUACCACGAAUAUGCUUUUUGAACAAGAUGGACAAAAGCAGGGCAAGUUUUACAUAUGCUGUUGAGAGUAUCAAACAAAAGUUGAAGACAAAACCUUUGCUUUUACAGUUGCCCAUUGGGGAAGCCAAGACCUUCAGAGGACUGGUUGAUGUGGUCACUAAGGAACAAAUAAUUUGGAAACCUACUUCUGAUUUGGAUGAUGGAAAAAAUUUUGAGCAAAAGCUGCUGCUGGAAUCUGAUGAUCCCAACCUGUUCCAAGAAGUCCAGGAUGCCAGAAAUACUUUAAUAGAACAAGUUGCAGAUCUGGAUGAUGAAUUUGCUGAACUGGUUCUAGGAGAAUACAGUGAAAAUUUGGACUUAAUACCAGCUGAUAAGUUACAGUCUGCUAUCCGCAGAGUCACGCUAGCUCAGAAAGCAGUACCUGUACUCUGUGGCAGUGCACUGAAGAACAAAGGAGUGCAGCCGUUACUGGAUGCUGUUACUAUGUACCUGCCUGCACCUAAUGAGCGUUCAUAUGAGUUUCUACAAUGGUACAAGGAUGACCUAUGUGCCCUAGCAUUUAAAGUUCUCCAUGAUAAAUGUCGUGGACCGCUAGUUUUCAUUCGUGUUUACUCAGGUUCACUGAAACCUCAGUCAGCUGUUUAUAAUAUUAACAAGAGUUGCACGGAGAGAAUGAGCCGGCUGCUCCUCCCUUUUGCUGAUCAGCAAAUUGAAAUACCAUCACUAAUGCCUGGCAACAUUGCCCUUACUGUUGGGUUGAAACAGAGUGCCACUGGAGAUACCAUAGUGUCAUCAAAGGCUUCAGCGGUAGCUGCAGCACGCCAAGCUGAAAGGGAUGCUGGGGGAGAGAAAAGAUCUAGCAGUAACAUAGAGAGCCUUCUGCUGGCAGGCGUGGAGAUCCCUGACCCCGUCUUCUUCUGUACAAUUGAACCUCCUUCAAUGGCCAAACAACAAGAUUUGGAUAAUGCAUUGAGCUGCCUUCAGCGUGAAGAUCCAAGCUUAAAAGUGAAGCUAGAUCCUGACACAGGACAAACUGUUCUUUGUGGCAUGGGAGAACUGCACAUAGAGAUCAUUCAUGACCGAAUCAAACGUGAAUAUGGAAUUGAGACUUAUUUGGGACCUCUUCAAAUAGCAUACAGAGAAACAAUCCUAAAUGCUGCCCAGGCUACAGAUGUAUUGGACAAAACAGUAGGAGAUAAACGACAUUUUGUAACUGCAGAGUUAGAGGUGAGGCCUAGGUUAGGGGAGAGAGCAACCACAAAACCUGCCAUUGAGUAUGCUGUGGGUGUCAUUGAAGAACUGCCCAAAGAAGUCCAGGGAGCUAUAGAAAACGGAAUCACAAAUUCAUGCAUUCAAGGUCCUUUGCUUGGAUUCCCAGUUCAGGAUAUAGAUGUGACAGUGCAAUCACUGACACUGCAUCCCGACACCUCCCAUACAAUGCUAUCAGCCUGUGUCUCCCGUUGCAUGCAAAAGGCUUUGAAAAAAGCUGGUAUUCAAAUACUGGAGCCCUUAAUGAACCUAGAAAUCACAGUAAGUGAAGAUCACCUCAGUGCAGCACUUGCUGACCUUGCACAACGGAGAGGUAGUGUUCAGGAAAUCCAGAGUCGUCAGGAUAAUAGAGUUGUGGUUGCUACUGUUCCACUAGCAGAAAUGAUGGGCUACUCAACAGUUUUGCGUUCUCUAACAUCAGGCUCAGCAACCUUCACUUUGGAGCUUGCCAGUUACCAGGCCCUGAACAGUCAAGAACAAAGUGCACUGCUUCAGAGGAGGAUGGGGUUGGUGUGACUGCUUUACUCUGUAGAACAAUAAAGGUAUUUUCUGUCCUCCCUCUUAAAUA